GAUAACGUCAUUCGACGGCUGGAAUGGAGCGUUUGCAGCGGGGCGCCUCGCCGCUGCCCGAAGACAUUUCAACAACACAACUUGUGGCCCUGAGAAGACAAUAAGACGGCAGGGACCUUCCGUCGGUGCGUGUUUCCGUGUAAACAAAUAAUAAUAGUAACAGAAAUCGGACGGAUCGCGCUGGUUACUUUGGUACCGGAGUCCAUUGUUCAGCCGAAAGCACAGCACGUAUUACGGGAAUAUGAAGGGAAACUGGAGUUGAACAAAGCGAGGGUUCGCCUGGAUUUUUCCCCGCACCGAUGACGCCGCUCCAAUACUGGUCACGUGUGUGUAUGUGUUCAGGGAAUAAUGGCUGAGCAGGAUCCAUCGCCACCAUCGUCACUGGAAGGCAACAAACCUGGAUUCCCCACCACAAUUUUGGUCAACAAACAUGAGGACAAGCACUUGUGCGCUUGCUGUCAGAAAAUUUUGAGGAGGCCCUUUCAGGCCCAGUGCGGUCAUCGCUUUUGUUCAUAUUGCUUUAAUCGGACCGUCAGCUCAGGACCGCAAAAAUGCGGCGCUUGUAUUAAGGAAGACAUAUUUGAAGAGCCAACAUCCAUUCUGAAGCAAGGCUGUGCUUUCCCUGACAACGCCGCCAGGAGGGAGGUGGAAGCAUUGCAAGUAGUGUGUCCUAACGAGGGAUGCAGCUGGAAAGGCAGCAUCAAAGAAUACGAGCUAAACCACGAAGGCAAAUGUGACUUCAUGAUUAUUACAUGUCCGUCAUGCAAGGAGCUGUUGAGACUUGGCGAACAAGAGCGUCAUAACGAAAGAGAGUGCUCCGAACGAACUCUGAACUGCAAGUACUGUAAGGAACUGUUUCAGUUUAAAAACAUUAAGGCUCAUGAUGAGAUCUGCCCCAAGUACCCCAUGAUCUGUGAAGGUUGUGCCAAGAAAAAGAUCCCGAGAGAGAAGUAUGUGGACCAUAUUAAGUUCUGUAGUAAAUUUAGAGCGCCUUGCCGGUUUCAUGUCGUCGGAUGUGAUAUGUCGGUGGAGAAGGAGAAGAUCCAUGAGCACGAACGGGCCUGUUCCUACGAGCACCUCAACCUGCUGCUGCACUACAUCAUGGGCCUCAAGGUGAACUUGGAGGGCAUGCAGCCGCAGAGCCUCGAGCUGGCCAGCCACAAGAUCCACGAGCUGCACCAGUCGCUGCGGGACCUGGAGGCCAGGAUGGGCCAGCUGAGCGUCUCGGCUCCCGUGCAGGGGGCCUGCGCCCCCGCCACGCUGCCCACCUCCUUCACGCCGCUGCCCAGCGCUGCGGGCGCUGCUCUGGAGCUGCAGCUGCACAGCGAGAAGGCCAAGGUGGCCGAGCUGAGCCGCCGCUGGCAGGAGCUGGAGGUGAAGGUGGGCACUUUUGAGAACAUCGUGUGCGUGCUGAACCGCGAGGUGGAGCGCUCUGCCACCACGCUGGAGGCCCACAACCGGCAGCACCGGCUGGACCAGGACAAGGUGGAGAGUCUCAGUAACAAGGUUCGGCAGUUGGAGAGAGCCUUGGGUCUGAAGGAUCUGUCCAUCGCGGAGAUGGAGGCCAGGCUGCGGGAGAUGUCAGCCGCCACCUUCGACGGCGUCUUUGUUUGGAAGAUCUCGGACUUUACCAAGAAGAGGCAGGACGCUAUCGCUGGCAGAGCCCCCGCCAUGUUCUCCCCAGCUUUUUACACCAGCAAAUAUGGCUACAAGAUGUGCCUGCGGAUCUACCUGAACGGGGACGGCACGGGGCGCAGCAGCCACCUCUCCCUGUUCUUCGUGGUGAUGCGGGGGCCCAGUGACGCCCUGCUCAAGUGGCCCUUCAACCAGAAGGUGACGCUGAUGCUGCUGGACCAGAACAACCGCGAGCACAUCAUCGACGCCUUCCGGCCCGACGUCAGCUCCAGCUCCUUCCAGAGGCCCGUCAGCGAGAUGAACAUCGCCAGCGGCUGCCCGCUCUUCUGCCCGCUCUCCAAGCUCGACUCCAAGAACAGCUACAUCCGAGACGACACCAUCUUCAUCAAGGCCAUUGUGGACCUCACAGGCCUCUAGACUUGGGAGGUUCCCUAGUCGCCGGCGCUUCCUGUCCCAGGCUCUUUCACGCCCAUUCGCUCACCCUGCCAUUCUAGUUUGGGCUGGAUUUGACUAGAGGUCUGGGAAGCUUGUGAGAUCCUAACUCGUGCACCAUACUUACGGCAUCGUUCUGCUUCAUCGCUUAUGGCUGGCACCGUGCAGUAAGGGGAGCGCUCUGUGUGGCCAUACAGCUACGCUCCAGUUGUCCGACGGGGGGCAGUGUAGAGUCAUGAAGCGCAGGCCCUCUUUGUUAUGGUGCGAUAACAGCUCUGGAAUUAUGCUGUGGCUUAAUAGGUGUCUGUGUGUUUGUCUAUGAAGACAACAACCUCUCACGUUCUGGGAGGCUUCCCCCUCAUGUCGCUCUUGGAAAAUGAGAGUUGGCAUGAGGAAUCCAUUCUAGACCCCCGCAAGCAGGCCUGAACCUAAGGGGGGGGCUGCCCGCCAGCAGCCAGCACUGCGCCGUCGCAGCGAGGCGGCCCGUGAAAGCGCUGGAGAGAGUCCCUUUAGCCCCUUCGUGGAAAAGUAGCGAUUUGUGAGUCUUUCUGCCCUGAAACAUCUGAUGCAUUCAGCGGUCAGAGGUGGUGUUUUUUCUUUGUUUUUUUGUACAUACUGCGACACGUGAUUUUCUUUUGGGCAUAUUUCAUGUUUUUUGGGUAAAUUUUGCAUAGACAGACGUGGAGUUGCCAGGACAAAGAUGUGCACAUUAAUUAAUGGUUUUCUUUUUAAUCUUGGUGUGUGGCACUGUGCUUUUGACGUGUUCUUAUUGGUCAUUAUCUGUAGUGGUGGACAUUGCUUAAAUUCAAUAGAAGAGACACGAUAUUGGGAUUUCUUACAGCUGUCAUUGUGAGUGCAGGUUUCACUUGUUUUUAACUUGCUUUGUUGCAUGUUGGAUCUGUGGAAGAUACAUUCGAGUCCUAACAAAUAAACGUAGCUUGCUAGCAAAAACCGAAAGAGACCCAAAUAAUUCUCAUACUUGCAAAGCCCCCACCAUCCUCAAGGGGGCGCUGCAUCUGCCUGGCUUUUUUUGCUUUGUAGGCCAGCUCGAAGAUGGGAAAUAUUGGACGUAACUUUGGUCGAAAGUAUUAAAGUAUGUGUUUUCCUUGUCGUGUUUAGCAUGGUGUAGCAGUUUUUGGACAGAUGGGGGUUUCCGUGUUUGAAUUGGAGGACUGGUGCAUGUGUGCAGUGUGGUUCAAGGUUAAAAUAGCGUAGAGUUGGCCACCCAGGACGGGUGAUGGUAGCUGUGUUUUGGGGCAGACAUUCGGGUGGCAUAGAUAUGAAAUACUGUGACAUUUUGUGGCUGCCGCUAUAUCAUAAUUAGCUGUUUGUUCAGUCACUCCGCUUUGUCCGGAGAUCUCUUUUCUGCACUACAGAUGUUCACAUUAAGAAGGCAUUAAUCUUUACUUGUAAUAAUAAUCACAGGAGGUUUUGACGUUUGUGUAAUGGUGGUCACUCCCUGUCUCCCAUUUUGCUUAUUCGAGAUUUCCGGGGUCUGUGGUGAGCGUCGUUCAGCUGGGGAGCGUUUAUGCAGGAGCCUCAUCUGGUAAAGUUCGUGUUCUGGACAGGUAUAGCCCAUCCUGAGCAGAUCCCCCCUCCCAUCACAGUGUCUGUUAACCCAGUCUGUUUGCAACCCCACCUCGCAGAUAUUGAAGCUUCUCUGUGCAUGAGAAGUUUGAAUUCUGAGAAUACACACAGCUGGCCGUCUGUGACGGCGAGGAGGUUUUAUCUGUAUUCCGUUUCUUUCUGAUGACAUGGAAGCAUAUAAAAUGACUAUAAUGGUGAUUAUGUUAUGAUAUUGCUUAUUUAAUUAAACAUAAACAGAUGCAUAUCUGUAAUAUAACAAUAUAUACGUUUUUCACAAUUGCCUUGUGCUGCCGGUAUAAUGCUGUGAAUAUUCCAUAAUUAUUAAGCCUAUGUCUAUUGAGUUAUGAUAUAGUGUGCUAAUGAAUAAUAUUGAUACAAUUAUAUUUUGAGGUGGACUGGAAACAUGUGUGGGUUAACCAGAGCUCACUCCGUCCUCUGUCUGCUGCCAUGAGAGCAGAAAGCUGCAGUCCCCCCCCCCCCACCCCGCCCCGACCGUGCUCGUUUGUGCAGACACCCCCAUUUCUCAUAUAUUUUCUUGCUUUAGUCUUUUAUUAUCAUCAUUACUACUAGUCUUGAAUAUUAUCCGAUGUGACCGUCUGUGACCCUGAAGUUCUUGUGACUGUGCAUGUCACGGUGUGUGUAGAAACAAGUAUAUCAGUAAACGUGGCAACUUUUACAGCCUAUGUUAAAACAGCACGUGUAUAGAUUAUUAUUUUUUUACUGUGUAUUUUAGUUAGGCACAUUGUCACUAUCAUUACAAAGUUCUCAGUUUGUAUGCUGAUUCCUGUGUGCCGCUUAGUUGAGCUUGUACAUUUGUUUCAUCAGGAGUUAAUGUGUUGCAUGUGAUUUUGUUUGUCUCCCAUUUAAAUAGCUACCUACAGAAAUGUUAACUUCACGCGGAGACGUAUUUGGGAAGCUCUCUGUCUGAGAUAUAGUCGAUCGUUUGUGGUGUACACCUGAUUGCUUAUUUUAUGGUUGUUUGUCUCCAAGUGUCGAAGCUGGUUCAUCGCUGUGAAAUAAUCUUUAAUGUUCUUGUUCUAUAUGGAGAUUUAUGAGAGAACUUGUACUUUUGUUUUUAAUAACUGUAUGUAGCAGCAAGUAUAUCUCUAUUCUAUUUUCGUGUAAUAGCAGUAUACCAAGUAGCUGAAAGUAAACUUAACAGGAAGAAGGUGAAGGCCUCUGUUGCAUUAAUAUCGAUAUUGUGUUUACUUCUUGAUUGAUGAAACUGGGUUUGUUCAUAUGUCUUGCAAUAGCAAAAAUACAGUGUGAUGCAGGUUGAUUAUUUCAAGUUAAUGUGAUUUAACUAGCAAAGUAAAACUCUGUUAUUAAUA